AUGGCUGGAGGUUUGGAGGAAGGAGUAGUAGUAGUAGGAAAGACAAGGAUUCAAGAGCAGGGAGAGGGAGUUGGUGGUGAAGAGAGGAGGGCGCUGACGGCGGAGCAAUCAACACCAUCAAGGUCGACAUCAAAACAUUUCGAUUUUUCUUCCGUACCGUCAUCAUCAUCUGCGGCCUCAGGCCCAGGUUCUCCUCUCCGCCUUUCCGCCUCUCCUCCAUCCCAUUCUCCCCCUACCGAAUCCGCCGGAGACGACGAUUACGACGAUACGAGGGAAGUUGAACGAGGGAACUGCGAUCAUCAACUUGGGACGCUUGUGUGCGCUAGCGAGGUAAGGACCGAUAACGAGUCCGAUUCCCAGACCCCUACGGCCACGCCUGGGUCAUAUACCCGAUCUGCGAGUCUAGGAUAUACCCCUACCACGAGGGAUUUAGAAGGCGAAAGUGAAGACAUCAGCACGAGGCCGAGCACAAAUAACGAGGAAUCGCUUUUGGAAGGUUGUGUGAUACCCAAGGAGGAGGAGUGUUCAUCCAGGGUUGCUUGUAGACCUACUACAUCUGUACCUGUCGAGGAGAGUUUAGGGAACGUUGUAAACGCGAGUUUCUCGAGUCUUGAAGUUGUAGAGGAAGAAGAAGAAGGACUUGAAGGUUUUGCUCGGCGCUCGUUAACCCCGCCAAGAGGAGUCGUUGAAGGAAAAGGAGAGAGAGGUUCUUUGUUUGGAUUUGGACAGACGGAUUUAGGUGUCCAGCACCUCCACCACCAGCCACGACACCGCCAGGUACCGGCACCACCCUCGACGUCACCAGCACCGCUCGCUUCGUUAACCGACAAACCAGAGGACAACGAGAAGCACAGGGAGGAGGAGGAGGUCGACCACAGUCAUCUUGGGAUUGGGAUUGAGGGCACGGAAGGAGACAGGGAACGUGAUAUCUUCGAGGUAGACGGUGUCCAGUUUGACUAUACUCUUUCCGAGUCUUCGUCGUCGUCGUCGUCUGGACCUUCCUCGUCAUCGUCUAGCUCGUUCGGCUCGACUUCGACUCCGACCCCGACACGUACACCCACGCCUCCGAUAGCUAUCGGCCUUCUUCAGGCUCAGGCUCAGACUACCACACCACCAGCACAUUCUUUACCUUCAACUACCCCUAACCCAUCACUUUCGCCACCUCAGUUAUCUGCAAGUCCCAGUGCAUUUUCGUUUAACACCCGGAGUUCGCCAUCGAAUACUCUACGGAUCCGUCACGGUCUCCACCGACGCUCAAGCUCGGCUACCUCAAACAGCGGUCCAUCUUCCUGGGUUCACCGCAUCACUCGUCUUGUCUCUACUUCGGGGAGUUCAGAUAAUUCCCAUUCAACAUCUCCAUCUCCAAAUCCGGUCGAGUCGUCGCCUGCGAGUGCUACUGCUAGUUGGACGGUUGAUCCUGAAGGAGGGAGAGGGUCUCGGGAAAGUUGGAGCGAGGACAGCCAUUGCGCCACCACCGGAGCUUUCGAUAAUCGCGAUUCGAAUUCGAACGUCAGUCACGGUUUAGGUUCACGUUCGCGUUCGCCGAGUUCGACUAGGACUUCGACGCCGACUUCGAGUAAGAGUAGGAGGAGGAGUGCGACGCUUGCUUCGAGUGUUCCUGCACCUGCGAAUAGUGGGACGACCAGUACACCUCCGAAAGCACCCUCUAGUUGGAAGAAGCGCGUUAGUAUUGGGGGAGGGUUUACUUCGGUGCUGAGUAGUGCUUUGGAUUGGGUUGUGCCUUCUAGGUCUGUUUCGACUGCUACGCCUGUUGCGUCUACUGCCGCCCAUUCGACCUCGACAUCGGAAUCAUCUUCUGCAUCUACUUCGACUCUACCUACAUCCACUUCAACGACAUCUACGACUACACAUAAUACUACCACAACACCCACUAAAUCAGAACCACGACAAAUCCCAACACGCUCGCCUACACCAACUACAUCUGCACCCACAGUUACUUCAGCUACCACGACAUCGAUCGACGAGUUACGAUCGACCAUCACCACUGCCGUCACACCUUCCUCCAUCGCGAGUUCGACUUCGGCUUCGACAAAGGAGUUUAUUGGGCGGUUGCAUUCUGCGUUUAGUGAAGGCUUGAAUUUGCCUUUGGGGAUUUCUACGUCGGUUGCGACGCCAGUUAUAUCCACAUCAGUUUCGACUACAGCAGAACCUUCAGUUUCUACGUCACCGGUUGUUGCGGAACCUAUCAUUUCUAUUUCGCCACCGGCUUCGUCUUUGGAAGGGACCAACGAGGCGACUGCGAGUACAACUACGAGUACAUCAACCACAACUACGACUAAGACAACGACAAGCGGGCCUCCGUUUUUACCACUGCCACAACUGCCUUCCAUCUCGCUUUCGUCGUCUAUCUUGACGGAGAUCAUGAGUCUGAGGAGUAGUGGGCGACGCGAGAAGGAGAGGGAGCGUGAGAGGGAGAAGGAGAAGGAGCGUGAAAGGGAAAGGGAGAUUGAGAGGGAGUACCGGGAACGAGAACGCGAGAGGGAGAGGGAUCUGUAUGCCACAACGAACGGGUACAUGAACACCGUUUACACUUCUACGGCGACAGCUCCGAUUUCGACUAAUAAUACGGCGGCGACGAAUAGUUAUGGUGACGCUGCUCAUGCGUCGGGUUCGGGGAAUAUGGGGAUGGGGAUGGGGAUGGGUGGUGUAUCGGCUAGUUAUACGAAUCAGGGGACGUUGAGUGGGUAUAUGACGAGUCCGGCCAAGGCGACGCAUACUAGUAGUCCUACAAAGACGCGAGAGCGGGAACGUGACAGGGAUAGGGAUCGGGAGAGAGACAGAGACAGAGAUAGAGACAGGGAUAGGGAACGAGAAAGAGAGCAUGAGAGGGCUGAGAGAAGCGAGAGGAGGAGGGAGAGCAUCGAUAAUGGCGGGCGGAGCGGGAAGAGGUUACCCAGUUUACCGAAUAUGCGGCACAAUACCGUUCCUCUACCCGCUUCUUCUGGCGGUAACGGCGCUAUAACACUCGACGCAUACACGUACGGUCCAUCACGGUUAAUCGAGGAUCAUCUAGGCGGGAUGGGAGUUGUCCGGCCGUCGACGACGCAGCCUUGGGCUGGGGGACCGACGGCGGGGUCAGGGUCAGGGUCGGGGGAGAGGGGUACUGCAGAACGUGCUACGCAUAGUCGGAGUACGACGUUGGAAGAACGAGUGGAGAGGGCCAGGAUGAUGGAAGAGAGGGCUCGACAGCAGGCGAAUCCCUACUCUGCUUUUGUGUCGAUACCGGAUGAUCGGCCUUCUACCACCGUUCCCACCUCCACUUCCGCUGCUACGACGACGAGAUACCCCACCUCCCCACCACCCAUCGACGAACGCACGAAAUACUUUGAGGAACGCGCCAAGUACCUCGAAGACCGCUCCCGCCAACUCGAAAAGAUGCUCAAAGAGACACAGGCGAGGUUCAAAUCUCGGGAAAGCGAGCUCAAAAGCGAACUACGUUCGAAAGAGAACGAGCUGAAGACGAGGGAGGGUGAGCUCAAAGCCGAGUUGCGAACCAAGGAGAAUGAGUUGAGGAGUGUGGAGGGGGUGUUGGGACGGAGGGAUAAUGAGCUGCGUGCGAGGGAUGAGGAGAUUAGGAUGAGGGAUGAGGAGAUUAGGGCCAGGGAGGAGGAGUUUAGAGUGCGUGAGGAGGAGGUUAGGGCGUUUGAAGAGGGGGUUAGGAAGAGGGAGGAGCUGUUGAGAGCACGGGAGGAGGAUAUCAGGAGGAGGGAACUGCAUAUCCAGAAACGGAACGAUGAGAUGCGCGGGUUGGAAGAGGAAGUGAGGAGUUUGAGGGAGGAGAGUUUGAGUUGUAUUUGUGCCUCGAGUUCGAGGGCUGCGAGUGCCGGUGGGAGUGUGGUUAGUGGGGGCGGGACGGGGAGUAGGAGUAGGAGUAGCUCCAGAGCGGGAAGUGAGUAUGGUAGUCCAAGUCCCGGUGUGGGCGGGGGAGGCUAUUGGAGCGGCACGAGCCUACCCAAGAGCGUGGCGAAUGGAACGACAAGCCAUAAUUUUGGCGGACGAGCGAGGUCAUCGACGUUCUCCAACGCAGCUUCGAGUGCGUCGCACCGUGCCGCGGCGCUCCCGCACCACUCUGCAUUGAACAAUAACCCCAACACGUCGACGUUUAGUUCCCUACUUUCGAAAGGCACGGGGGCUGGGUUGAGUAGGUCGGGCACGGUACGUGUGGGUGAAGGCUCGUCGUCGUCGAGUGCGGCGGUUAUGAAGUUGGAGUCGACGAUUAGGGUGUUGGAGGCGCAGUUGAGGACGCGGGAGAUUGAGAUGAAGGAGAAGGAUGGAGAGGUUAGGAGGUUGGAGAGUGAGUUGAGGGCUAGGAGGGAGAGGGAGAGGGAAAGGGAGAAGAAGGAGAGGGAGAGGGAGAGAGAGAAGGAGCGUGAAAGGGAAAGGCAGAAGGAGAGAAACGAGGGAGGGGAAACAGGUGGUGUGAGUAGGAGUUGGCAGGGCAGUGAAGAUCUCGGCCGUGAGGAGCAGUUGAACGGGAGUACGAGUAGUAGUCGGAGCGGGAGUUCGAGGAAGAGGAGUGCGACGAUGGUGCAGAACCACCCGCAUCAGUCUCAUCACCACCAAAAGCGACAUGACCAGCAAUCUGACCACGACGCGCAGGAGGGCGAGUCGCCCCAUUUGACGGAGUUGAGGAGGCGAGCGAGUAUUUCGCCUGGGGUGCAGCGGUCGCACCGGGGAACGCAUGGAUCGUCGGGAGGGUCCGGGACAUCGUCGCCUGGUCGCCGAGUGCAUUCGAGACAUAGUUCGUUGGAUUUGCAGUCGAAUGGGAGCGGGAGUGGACGGGGUUCGCCGUCGUUGUCCACUUCGGCGCCUACUUCGUCGUUCAUCAAUGGUGCGAAUCCUAAUGGGCGACAUCGACAUGCUGCGCCUUCGUCGAGUUCCUCUGGGUCAGGGCCGUCGUCUGUCGCGUCAUCGGAUGGUUCGUCGAGAUCUUCCAGGUCUGAACGGAAGGUGGUGGAUGAUGAUUCCUCGAUUUCGACUGCUGUGAACGGGAUGACGCUGGCGACCGGUGUCUUGUCUGCCCCGACGGCGGAUACCACUCCUACGCCUUCCAAUCACGCAGAGCUGCCUACACCGCGAGUUGGGAAUGGCAUUGUGCUGCCUGUUCCUGCUGUUGCGUCGCCCCCUCCUAUCGCCCCUUCCAAAUCUACAUCUGCCAUCCCCAUCCGUCCCGGCGUGCCCACUCUCUCGGUUACAACAUCCACCACCCACCUCAAGGCCACCUCACCCACUCCUAACCAAAUGACGCGAACAACGACCAACCCUAUCCGCACGCCUUCGGUCUCAGUGAACCCUAUGACCUCGACCCUAACCGAGCACCUCGCCCAACACCGCAGUUCCGAGACCUUCCUGACGCGUACGGAUACGUGGAGCGGGGCACAGGUCAUCCAAGCUGUGCAUGAUAUCAAUUCGCAGAUUUUGCAGUUUGCGGCGAGUGCGACUGAGAUGUGUCGGUUCGUGAGUCGGGAGGUGUGCGCGAGUGUUGGUGUGAGCCCUGUUGAUGCGGGGGUUGUACCUCCCCCUCCUGCUUCCUCCAGCGGUUCGUCCUCCACCAGUUCGAGCUCUGGAACGACGACUACUAUGGGCGGGGCGAAUGACAGCGUAGCGGCGCGUCUAGCUGCCAAGUUGGACCCCUCUCUCAAGGGUUCGAGGUCGUAUAAUGAUACUCUACCGCGUCUUGGAGCGGCGUUGACCAACCUGUUGGCGAGUUAUGAUCAUUCGAAUGAUCCGAUUCUUGUGCAGUUGGCGUUGCAGACGCUUGUGUGUGUUGCUGCGAAGAAGGCUUGGGAGAGCUUUUGCUUGGGGUUGCCGGGGAAGAGUGAUGGUGUUUUGGCUGUGAUUUAUAGGAGUUUGAGGGAGUUUGAGCCUCAACCGACUUCGGCCAAGUGGAGGUCCCUGACGCACACGCAUAUCCACCAGAUCUAUCCAACGCUCUCCGCCUACUCGGCAAGUGAGCUGGCGGAGACGAUUUUGAGAUGGACAUACGACGUCCUUGUCCUCGCCGGAUGCGGGAGUUUCGAAUGCGGAGGCAGCCCUUCAACACCCGUCACACCCAACUCCAGCCACCAGCUCUCGCAUCUCUCGCCGGCGCAAGCACCCAACGCAGGCUCCGCCACGCCGCCGAUCUCGGGCUCGGGCGCCUCAACGCCCGUCGUCUCGCUCCCGCUUACGCCCCAGACUCUCCAUUCGCGGUCGACGCUUCUGCAACAGUUGACGCAUAUCACCAAGGCGCUGACGACGCUUGAGAAUGUGCUUCGGCAGGAUAUUCUCAGUACGAGUUUCGACCUUGUCAUCCCCGAAUUCGGGAGGUCGUUCAUCCGGGGAGGGAUGAGUGAUGCGUUUUCGAGUAUGGGUGGGUUUGGGAGUGGUGUUCCUGGCGUUACCAACGUUGGACAUGUUCAAGUUGGUGGUGGUGGGAAGGCGCAGGGAGGGAAGGUGCUUGGGUGUGUUGAGAUUGGGUUGGCGUGUCGGACGAGAGUUGGGAUGCGUGGUCCGCCGCCUUCGCCUGUUGUAAGGACGCCGUCUGGGAAUGGGGGGUUGUUGAGUGUGGGUUCUGCGACUGCUGCGGGUGGGCAGGGGCAGGCGGGUGGGAGUGGGAGUGGGAGUGGACAGCAGCAGAAACCGGAAGCGGUGUAUGAGGAGAGGUUGUUGCUUAUGCCCAAGGUUGUGUUGGAGAGUGUGGUUGAUUUGUUGUGA